AGUGAACACUUUCUUCUGCCUCUUCCUUCGCUCCUCGAAAGGCAAAACCCUUGCUAGCUAACCCUUAAUUCAGAGAAGAGUUCGCGGUUCCUUCAGAUUGCGGAAUUAGUUUCAGAAAGAUAUGGCCACAAAACCGAUGACCAGCGAAGCAAUUGCUCUUACAGAGAAGAAAAUGGCCAUGACCUUAGAUGAUAUCAUCAAGAUGUCCAAGAAAUCUUCUUUCAAAGUUAAAAAUCAGAGGGCUUCAAAUAAAAGCAAAAGAUUCUUCAAUGCUGGUUCUAACAAGGGGAAUGCAUCAAAAGUGCGCCGUUUUAUGGAUUCCAGAUCUUCUGUUAGACAGGGGGCUCUUGCUAAGAGAAGGUCGAAUUUCCAGGGGAAUCAGUUUCCUCUGGCCACUGAGGCUGCCAAGAAGGCUGCGGCUGCUCCGGUUUGUGCCAGAGCUCUUGGUCAUAAUAGGAUGGUUAAUUGGAAUAAGCCAAGGACUGGAGCCCCACUAGCUCAUAGAAGGUUUUCUCGGGGAGGAUUUGGUGGGAAGAAGCAGGCUAAGGUGUUUCCUAAAUUGAGGGCUCAGACAUUAGAUACUUUGUUUGCAAACAUGAAGGAACAGAGGAUGAAGGCAUUGUCUCAUCAGAUGAGAAGGGGCCGGUUCCAGCAACAGAAGCGGAAAAGGGGUCGAUUUAACAACUAUUCCAACUAAUUAGACCUAUGUUGAUCAUGCAAGUAGAUCUGAGAGCAGAUGUGAGAACAUCUGGGUGUUAAAAACUGUCUACCCAGUGAGCUAUGUGGUGUGAAGUAGUGGAUAUAUCUCUAGCACCCAAGGUUGUGGUUAUCAGCAGGAACCAGUCAAUUCUUUCUUUU